AUGGGCUCUUCCAAUUCAGACGGCGAGACUUCAUCAAGUCCGCCGCUACUACGCGCGCGACUGCGUGCCAGCCAUGCCUGCACUGUCUGUAGAAUUCGCAAAGUCAGAUGCGAUGUUGCAGUGACUGGAUUUCCGUGCACAAAUUGCCGGUUGGACUCUGCCAAUUGCAAAGUGUUGCCGCGAAAGCGAAAAUGGGAACAAAGAGUAAAGCGCGUGUUUGAUCAAGAGGCAAAGGAGAAACUAUCGCAAUCCCGACCCAUAGAUGUAGAAAAGGCAAAACCUUCACAAGCAGUGUACCCAAACCUCCAGCCCCAAGCAGCAACUAAAAACGACCAAGACAUGGACAGCUCGAGCUCGUCCAGCCCAUCAGUCAAGAUCGAUCCAUCCUUAACCCCGGCGUUCCAACAAGAGGCAUCGGAGUUUAGUAAAGAAGCUUUAAACGCAAACUUUAGCUUCGCAGAUGGUACCAUUGACCCAAGCAAAAUAGGACAGCAAGAUGGCUUCGGCAUUGGCAAUCCUUGGGGAACGGGAUAUGACAAAACUACCAUCUUUGGACUGCAGCCGCCAGCACGUCUCGUACCUUAUUCCAACUACAACUUUGUCGAUGCUGGAUCCCUCUAUCAACUUAGCCAUAUCGAUGUAGCGUACUUGACAGAAAAGGGCUGUCUCACCUUGCCUGCGGAAACAGCACUAGAAGAGUUCUUCCAUCAGUAUUUCUCACAUAUUCAUCCCAUUAUACCUCUGGUCAGCGAGGCGGAGUUUUGGGCAGCAGACGCUCGCAUUCCUCUUCUUUUGAUCCGGGCAAUGCUGUUCAUAUCAUCUCCUACCUUGACCCAAUUCGACAUCCACAGAGACAAUGUCGUCAGCGCCCAGGUAGCGCUCCUGCUGACCUAUUACACGCCCGCGCCGAGCGAUACCACAAACACAUACUGGAUGGUAAACGCAGUCCACUUUGCCCGUUGCGCCCACGCAGACCAGUAUCACACACUAAACGACGGCAAUCCCGCGAAACUACGGCUAAAACGACUGUGGUGGACCUGCAUAUUGCGAGACAGAGUCAUUUCCUUGAGCUUGCGAAGACCAUUGGUCAUUGGAUGCGACGAAUUCGACUUUAGCCAGCCGGGACUCCUUCUUGCCGACUUUUCAGACGAACUAGGAGUCUCUACAGUGUAUGACCGGCCGACAAGACAGAUUAUAGCACAUUUCAUAUCGGCAUUUUGCGAGAUUGUCAACCCCUUGAGCAUGGCCCUUGCGAUACUCUACCCAGCGGCUGGCCCCAAGAUCGUCACCUCAGAGACAGACACUGGAAGGGAGUCCGAUGCCUGUGCUGAAGUUGUCGGGCUCUUGGACGUUUGGUAUCAGAAAACAAGAGAACGAUUUGAGAUUUCUACUCCAUCGAUUGGCGUCCACAAAUCUGUGACAAUGUUCAUCAAGAUGACAUUCAUCUACUACUUUGCUGCGAGAGCAAGUUUGUGUUAUCACAUGAUGCUACUAUCCGUAUCCAAUCCUAGCCACGCAUCAGAUACCAAGAAGAACGAUCUCCAAGUCCAGGCAGAGAUGGACUCAGCAUUAAAGGGAAUCACUGGCAUGUUUAUGCAGUUAGCCCGUCUAGGCCUUGUCCAGUAUCUUCCAAACACAUUCGUUACCUUUACCGCUAUUCCGCUCAUCUGGCAAGUCCUAGAUGCAAAGAUACUAAACACUGGCGCGCCCGCCGCAGACAACAUGCGCGAUCUCAUGGUCUACACCAACGUCAUGAACAAAUUCCGAGGCCUCCACGAAAACGCAAACAACGUCUUGAAAUUUAUAAAACAGCUAAUUGCUCACAUUCAAACAACAGAAUCUGCCGAGAUCAUGCAGCAUGAGCUGCUGUUGGCAGAUUCUUCUUUCCCGCCAGAACUGCUGUCAAGCUUCCUGCCUGAUGGGAAGACACAAGACAGCAUCAUCACCCACGAGCCGAAAAAUAAAUGGGCAAAGUUAUUCGCCGGAAAACCACGGACCUACCUACGGAUCGCAUUAACGAUUCAACAUUCUCUCUCCAGCGGCAAUUUCCCAUCGGAGGAAGACUUUCCCAAGGCACUACAAAUGGUGAGAUUUGCAGAGGAGACAAUGGAUAGUGGCGUUGACGUUGGGCUGUACAAAUAUUUGCAACAUAUGGAGGAUUUCUUACUAUCUGCUUAG